UCCAUAAUAACUUGACGCUACUAAAUUGUGGCGCCACAAAGAAAUCGACAUUUGUAAUAGUGCACCAGUGACAAUAAAUUUUCUUCUGUUCGAUUUACCCUCCGUUCGCCCACUUAAAGGCAACUACCAACCAGCGAAAAUAGCGCCGAUUCCGCUAUACUGGCUACCGAAUGGAUAAUGGGUAUUUGUUUAGACACAGAUGCCAGCGCGGCACAAGAUACCGGCGAACAAGGCAACGAUUGGAGUCAUAUACGGAAUCAAAGCAGUGCCAACGGACGGAUCGGUACGGGAAACAUGGUCGCCAUAGACAUGCAAAAUGCUGGAAAAAUAAAAUUCGAUCCGCCCAAAGUGCCAGUGAUAUUUGUUUUAGGCGGCCCAGGUAGUGGCAAAGUCACGCAUUGUGACACAUUUAUGCAGGAGCGCCGCGGUGUGACGCACAUAAACAUGAUGGAUUUGUUGCAACAAUACGCAAUGGGGAACGAUAUGCAAGACUUCUCGCAACUAUCCUCGAAAACCGUCACAGAGGUGCUCAUGUUGGAAAUGAAAAUGGCUCCAGCUGCCAAAGCGUACCUAAUUUCAGGAUUUCCUCGCUCAAUGCGCGACGUAGUCGAAUAUUCAGAAAAGAUUCAAGUCGUGAAUGGGGUGAUCUUGAUAUCCUGGCGUCAGUCGGUUCUGCAGAAGCAAAUUGAUUAUGGCGCUAAAUUAGGUCAUGUCGUACUCUCCUUAGCCAAAAUGGAAUUAGAGAAUUUCUUCAAAAAUGUGAUGCCCGUAGCAGAUUACUUCGAUCAAAGUGACAUGCUAACAGCAGUAAAUGGCGAGCGUGCACCCGCCGAAGUGUACAAAGACUUUCGGGCCGCCAUACUCGAUGUGUUGAGCACGCUUGAGAACCAAGAGGCCAUGUUGAACGGAGUCACAGGUAUGGGCAGAGGGAUACAUGAUAUACCCGGCAGUAUAGUUAGCGUAGACACCGCACCUAGUCAAGCCGCGAAUAUUGCAGACAUUUCUAAUGCCAACGUCAACACAACUGUCUUUGCUGCCAACAACUACAACAACAUGAAUAGAAAUCCCUACAACAACCAUGUGGGUAAUCCGAGCAUAGCAAAUGCCGUGGGCGCGCACAUUGCUUCGAGUGUCAACGCAGCUGCUGCGACUGCACGAAUGACAGAAGYCGAAGUUAUCACCACACAGCCAGAGGUGAUGAACCAACAAAAUGCCGCRACGAGUAUGGACCWCAGCGUGGACAGCAUACCGCCAGUUAUUUGGGUCAUCGGUGGGCCGGGUAGUAACAAGGCGACACUCUGUAUGAAGGCCGUAGGGUUGAACCCUGGCUGGGGACACAUUAGCUUGGGACGUCUGUUGCGUGCAAUUACUGACUCGGCGCCACGUGCCAACACGGAAAGCUACACCGUCAAAGAGGCACUAUCCGCUGGCGAAAUGGUGCCAGAGAAAGCGAUCAACAACAUUCUCGAUACGAAUAUAAGACAAUUAAUGGAUCGAAAAGGCAUAUUGAUCGACGGUUUUCCGCGAAACUUACAACAAGUCAAACAUUUUGAGAAUAAGUACAAACAACGGCCGCCAAUCGUGCUSCUGGACUGCUCUAAAUUACAACURGGGCGWGGACGGGUUGACGAUACCGUGUCCUCGUUCAGGCGACGUUUGGAGCUCUUYCGCGAGCAAACCCUACCAAUGCUAAAAACUAUGGACAAUAGUAGUCGUUUACAAAUCGUCGAUGGCGAUACAGAUAGCCCAUCGGUGCAGCGCGAAUUUGAAAAAAUUAUACGUCAGCACAUACAAAGYAUUGAAUACGCAGGUCCCGGAGGAAUGAACAAAAUGGCUGACGCCGCUGUGAUGACAAAUCAUGUUGAUCAUGAUCAAACCGACGCUAUACUACAAGAUUUAGAAAAUAACGUUCCGGGUGCAGUGCCAACGAUAAGCCAUCAUGUAUCACUSAUGAAUGGUCAUUUAAAGAAUCGAAAUAAUGGUGCUGUCAAUAAUGGCGGUGUGGUGAUGAAUGGUGACGCACGGAUGGCAGGCUUAACUGGUGGCAUUGAUUUCMGACAUAUGCUGCAGGAGGCCGAAAGAUACCCGGUAGACUCGUAUAUGUAA